UUCCCUCCCUCGCCCCUCCCUGCUUUCUUCUUCUCCUCCCCGCAGCGAGAGGCAGAGCCCCUCGCCCCUCCAAUUCCUCCCCCUCCCCCUCCGCCUGCAAUUUCCUCCGCUUGCCUUCUCCCAUGGCUUCUAAGCUUGACCUGUCGCCGACGGACGGGGCGCCGGAGGACAGCCCCCUCCCCGCAUCAUCCGACGACCGGGUCGCGAUUGGGUCGACUUCCGGGCCUGGACGUUCGACGGCCGCAGACCACGGCGCGCUUCUACCUCCUGCCGAGGGUUCUCUCCCCGACAUCACUAAGGCGAUCCGGGUUGGGGCGGCGAUCAUGAACGGCGAGGACGGGAUCACCUCCGUGCACGACGCUGCAGGCGGUGGUUUCAGCGGCGGCCAUCAGGCGGGGGCAGCGACGACGCGGCCUGGAGGCCUCACCACGAGGGCACCCGGGGACGACGCCCUGUCACUUGAAGGCACGGAGGUGGCGCCGCCCUGGAAGCCGCAGCAAAGUCAGGCGAGCACCGCGUGCACGUCCUAUCACCCUUCCCCUGCGAGCGAUACUCUCCCCGUCCCCCAUCCGCAGCUGGAGAAGAAGAUGGCGACGGCGACAACCCUCGCCGGCAACUCAGCCCGCGCGCCCGUCGUCCCCAGCACUGGCGAUCGAGCCACGGAGGUGGCGCCGCAGCAAAGUCAGGCGAGCACCAAGUGUACUUCCUAUCACCCGUCCCCGGCGAGCCAUACUGUCCCCGUCCCCCAUCCCCAGCUGGAGAAGAAGAUGGCGACGGCGGCAACCCUCGACGGCAACUCAGCGCGCGCGCCCGUCGUCCCCAGCACUGGCGAUCGAGAUUCUUGCAGCAUCAAGCAGCACGGAGAGGCAGGAUGCAGUUUCGACAGCUGAAGAUCACAAAAGGCCCAAGCGCAAACGAAGCUCUGACAGAAAACCCUGGAUCCGAUGUCUGCCAGAUGACGUGGUCGAGAAGAUGCUAGUUCAUCACACGAUGCAGACUGAUCUGAAUAACAUCAUGGC